UAUGACGAACCAGCUAGCAUUUGUUGACUAAAAGCAUCUCCUUUUACUGCCUUCUCUCCAGUAUGUUACACAGGGCUCUUUAUUCAUCGGCAGUUUCCUGUUCCACGACCCUCCUCCUCCUCGAGCUCUACCUUGUUAAAAGCCAGGCCAGAGAAUAAAAUGGAUGUAUGACCAGCUCAAACGGAGAGAAGAGAAAGCAAGAAAGAUUCUUCCUAUAACUUGUUUCUGCCCAGGAACAGGAGCCUAGGGAAGGAAAGCCGGCAAGCAUACAAGUUGUGUCAUGAUGUUGGAGGCACAGGCGACAGGAGCUCCAGGUACAGAGGGGAGCAACAAGUCAGAGCUGCUCCCAGCCGUAAACACGUCCAGUAAUAUUCAACAGGUAGAAAGUGCAGCAUCUGCCUCUUUGCCCGCGGCCUCCAUUCAACCUCCUGCCGCCACAGCAACGGAGGAUGAGGAUGAGAGUGAAGAUGAGUUUGACAUUCUGGAAGAGAGUCCCUGCGGCCGCUGGCAGAAACGCAGAGAGGAGGUGAAUCAGCGUAAUGUCCCAGGGAUAGAUGAUGCAUACUUGGCCAUGGACACAGAGGAAGGGGUCGAGGUAGUAUGGAAUGAAGUCAUGAUCUCCGAGAGGAAGAACUUCAAACUGCUUGAGGAGAAAGUGAAGGCAGUAUUUGAUAACUUGAUCCAUUUGGAACAUGCAAAUAUCGUCAAGUUUCACAAGUACUGGGCCGACACCAAAGAGAACCGGGCGAGGGUGAUUUUCAUUACUGAGUAUAUGUCAUCAGGAAGCUUGAAACAAUUUCUGAAGAAGACAAAGAAGAAUCACAAAACCAUGAAUGAAAAGGCUUGGAAGAGAUGGUGCACACAGAUCCUGUCUGCUCUCAGUUUUCUCCACUCAUGUGACCCUCCCAUCAUCCAUGGAAACCUGACCUGUGACACCAUCUUCAUCCAACACAACGGACUCAUCAAGAUCGGAUCAGUGGCCCCAGACACCAUCAACAACCACGUGAAGACGUACCACGAGGAGCAGAAGAACUUGCACUUCUUCGCACCAGAAUAUGGAGCUGUUGAUGUCACCACGGCUGUAGACAUCUACUCGUUUGGCAUGUGUGCCUUAGAGAUGGCUCUGUUGGAAAUCCACGGCAAUGGAGAGUCCUCUUUAUUUUCUCCGGAGGCCAUCAACAGUGCCAUCCAGUUACUGGAGGACCCACUGCAGAGGGAGUUAAUCCAGAAGUGCCUCGAAUGUGAUCCCUGUACAAGACCUACUGCCCGAGAGCUGCUGUUCAACCAAGCGCUGUUUGAAGUGCCGCUGCUCAAACUGCUGGCUGCACAUUGCAUCGUCAGCCACCACCACAUGAUUCCUGAGAAUGCCCUGGAGGAGAUCAUGAAGAACCUGGACCCCGACAUGGUCGUCGCUGAGAGGAAAGAGGACGUCCAGCUCAAGCUUUCACAGUUUCCUGCUUUGGAGCUUGAUAAAUUCCUGGAGGAUGUGAGGAACGGUAUUUACCCAAUGACGGCGUUCGGGCUGCCGUGUCCUCAGCAGCCUCAACAGGAGGCCGUUACGUCUCCCAUUGUCGUCCCCUUGGUCAAAUCCCCCACCCCCGAACCCGCGGAGCUCGAGACCCGACGGGUCAUUCACAUGCAGUGUAACGUUGAAUCUGUCGAGGAGGGAGCAAAGUACCAUCUGACAUUACUGCUGAAGCUGGAGGAUAAACUGAAUAGACAUCUAAGCUGUGACAUGUUACCUCAUGAGAAUGUUCAAGAGAUGGCUGAAGAGUUGGUGCAGCUGGGCUUAAUCAGCGAGGUGGACCAAAACAAAAUCGCCUCCCUGCUAGAAGAAUCGUUCAGCCAAGCUCUUCACUAGCAAACGGUUUCCUCGGCUCUGUUACCGUCUCAUUAUUACACUCUCGCUCAACCCUGUUACAUGUUCUUUUUGGUUAUUCAACUCAGUGACUAUAUGUAAAUGUAAUUUUUUUUUUUAUGUCUUUUCUACAAAGCUUUGGGUGGUAAUGUGACCAAAAGGGGGGGUGGGGGGGGAGUUUCCUCUGCAUCAGGGAUUAAAACUUCCAAGAGCAGAGAAAACCUUUGACGUAACGCAUUUCUCCAGGAGUACAGGGUUAGGGUUAGUGACUCCAGAAAAAGAAAGAAAAAUAAGCCACCUGGAUUUAUUUAACGUUUUUUAUUGUAAAAGUCAAAACAGACAUAAAUAUGAGCGUAGUUCUUUUUGAAUGCGUUGGCUGACGCUGCAACAGGCAGUUGAUCGCAACAGUGCUGACACCAUUACUUACAGAUUUACCUCUUUUUUUUUAACCACUUUUUUUCCUCAAGUCCCAGUUGUAUUUUAUUGCAAGGUGUUUAUGAAUUGAAUUAUUGCCCAACCUUUUUGUUUUUGGAUCAAACGGCUCCAUUUUGCCUCAUGAACAUGAAAUAUAUGGACAUGAAAUUAAUUAACAUCCCCUUUUUGACUCCCAUGUCUCUGACCGUCCUGUCACCAGCAGGUUAAACAUAUGUAACGGUUUAAAAACUGCAUGGCAGAUGCAACUUUAUCAAUUGACUUUAUUAUAGACAAAUACACAUGAUUUAUAUAUUUUCUAAAAGCCUUCGAUACAGAACAAAAUGUACGUGCACUACUGCAUAGCAUAUUUUGGGCAGGCAUCGUGGGCGGCUCCCUGGCUGAUGGUUACUUAGUUAUUUUGAGGUACUGUGAACUCAGUGUUACUGAAUUUCUGUUAGUGUUUUUUUUCUUCUAUGUUUCACUCUUUAGCUGGGCCUACGCACACGCCUUAAAGUCCUCCUUUCUCUUUGUUUGUUUUUAUUAUUUUAUUCAUUGUUUAACCAUUUGCUGCUUUAUUGGGUUCCCACUUGCUUCUCUUCUUGUGAAAUCCAUUCAUGUGAAACGUGUGUACUGAACUCAGCCGCCAUAUGCUGUAGAAAGAGGAGCUCCGACACACCUGCGCGAGAGCCUCGUAUGUUUAUUUAUGUUUAAGACACUGUAUAAGCGUGUGUUUUUCUUCACUUCCCUUUUUUUGCUUACUGUGAUUUCACACGGAGACCACAUUGUCGAGCGUCUGAGCCAAAACGCAACGCUUCUGGUUUCUAUUGUUGUUUUUCUUUUGAUCACCAUUCGAUAAGAUUGGGACCUCGGGGGUUGACAUUAUCCUUCAGAGCGCAGAGGAUACAUUUGAAAUGAAAUAUGUCUUUCUUAGACUUGUAUUGGGAUCGGAGAGUUGCCUGUGACCUUUUUAUUUUGUGACAUUUUGGCUCGGGACUCUUUGUGGCCGACUGGUACGACUGUCUCUGAAAGCUCGUACAGUUCAGGAACUUUAAACAAGCAGGAAGGAUGCAAAGAAAAUAUAACAUUCUCAGUAAGUAUAGAAAAAAAACAGCAGUUACGAUACUAUUAGAUAUAAUGACUUCACAUUUUUCUGGCAUUUUAUUGAGACUAUUUAAAUGUCUUGUUGUUACAGUAUCAGUUUAAUUGAAGAAUACCGUAUUAACUUGCAGACAUUACUCUUCUGGUUGAUUAGUUCUGAUGUUAAAUUGGUCAACUCACCUAUGAGAUCAUAUUAAUCCAAUGAUCUCCACUCCAUAUUUCUGAAGUAUUUUUUUUAUAUGUAGUCAGGCUACAAAUGUGCUCUUAUCUGCAUGUUUGCUUUUCAUAUAUGUGCAGUCCAUCUUGGUGUUUAUUUUGUUUUGUAUGUGUGAACUGCUAAGAUUGUAUAUUCCAAAGAUAUGUCUUAAAGUCAGCCAAGAGAAUGUAAGUUCACUUCCUGUUUAGAGAAGUGUUAAAAACCAACCAAUCACCAGCUUUAUACUCUGUCUCUCUCUCUCUCUCUCUCUCUCUCUCUCUCUCUCUCUCUGUCAAUGUUUACUAUAUUUUCCAUCCAAAUUAUUGGUGGUGUUGAAACUGGUUAUUAAAUAAUCAUACAGGGUGGGCAGCUUGUGCCCGUAACUCGAGGAUCUGAGCGUUUGGUAAUAUUUGUAUAUUCUUCUAUUUUGUAUUAUGACAUUUGUCAGUAAAUGUGUGUGUGUCUUUUCUCAGACGUGUAUCCUGACAGAAUCUGCUAAGUAUGACUAUUGUUUCAAAUAAAUGUGUGAAAUGCU